UGACCCCGACUGUGCCAGCAACACGUAACAGCUCUACCGCUGAGGAAGCUGCAGUGGGCCUGCCCCCUUUAGCAAUCGAAUGUUUACUUGCUUUGUCAGCUGUGUCCUCGCAGCCUAGCCUGCAAUACCUCCGAAUUGAUCAGAACCUCGGACUUGAACCCAGAACAGCAAUUUAUCAGACCGCCAGGGUUCCUUAUCACUCAUUUUCCCUUCUCUGCUACAAUAGGGCCAGCCUAUUGCGGACCUUGAACAAGGGCGCAUUACGUUCACUUUUCUUUUUUUGCUAACCAGUAAAGAUGACAUUAAAAUCCAAUAAAAACGAACCCGCUGUUAUACUUGAGCGGGUCAACAGUUCUCGAACAGCCCUCUCCGACCUGUACCUGGAGCAGCUGCUUCAAAACAAACCAAAGCCUGAAAAGGGGGUUAUGCCAGCCUAUGAGACAAAAGGAGCAGAAGAAUACACCAACGGCAGUGCUGGUCACAUGAACGGAACUGAGACAACUAGGAUACGUGAGGUGGCGUUUGAAAAAGAUCCCUCAGAGCCCAUGGGUGUGACUCUGAAAUUUAAUGGAAAACAGAAGUGCACUGUGGCCAGAAUAUUACAUGGGGGCAUGAUACAUAGACAAGGUUCCCUACAUGAAGGGGAUGAAAUAGCAGAGAUCAAUGGAACGAGUGUGGCCAACCAAUCUGUUGACCAGCUACAAAAGAUCCUGAAAGAUACCAACGGAGUAGUCACAAUGAAAAUCAUCCCCAACCAGCCACGGUUCUCUCUUGUGUGUGAGCUGUUGUGUGUUACUCAACAGAUGUACAUGAGGGCUCAGUUUGACUACGACCCUGCCAAGGAUGACCUCAUCCCAUGCAAAGAAGCAGGGCUGAAGUUCAAAACAGGAGACAUCAUUCAGAUCAUCAACAAGCAUGAUCCAAACUGGUGGCAAGGCCGGGUGGACAGCUCUACCGCCGACUUUGCUGGAAUCAUCCCCUCCCCAGAAGUUCAAGAAAGGCGGGUGGCAAGUAAAAGCAGGGCCACAGUGGGCACCCAAUCCUGCAGCCCCUUUGGAAAGAAGAAGAAGUGUAAAGACAAGUAUCUGGCCAAGCACAGCUCUAUCUUUGACCAGUUGGACGUGAUUUCUUAUGAAGAGGUUGUUCGGCUCCCUGCCUUCAGCAGAAAAACCUUGGUGCUUAUUGGUGCACCAGGUGUAGGAAGGAGCCAUAUCAAAAGCUCGUUGCUGACCAAAUACCCAGAGAAGUUUGCCUACCCCGCACCACACACCACCAGACCCCCACGUAAGGACGAGGAGAACGGGCAGGAGUACUUCUUUAUCUCCAACGAUGCCAUGACCAAGUGCAUCACUGGGAAUGAGCUGCUGGAGUAUGGCAGCUUCCAGGGGUUCAUGUUUGGAACCAAAAUGGAGACUAUCCAGAAGAUCCAUGAGCAAGGCAAAAUCGCCCUGCUGGAUGUGGAGCCACAGACAUUGAAACUCUUGCGGACGGCAGACUUCGCGCCUCUAGUGGUGUUCAUUGCACCUACCAACUCAGCUACCCAGUCGGAAGCUGUGCAGGUGAUCCAGGAGGAGUCGGAUGCCAUCCGCACCACCUACAGACACUUCUUUGAUGUGCUGCUGGUUAACAACGACGUUGAUGAGAGUGUGAAAGGCGUGGAGGCGGCCAUAGAGCAAGCCACUUCCACCCCACAAUGGGUGCCGGUUUCCUGGGUCUACUGACCUGUGUACCCCUAAAGAACAGUCUAACAAAAACUGUUGCAAUAUCACACCACAAGACCUGGCCACACAUUACUGAUACUCCACACUGUUUGAGUAGCAGCUAAUCACUAUGGUUACUGUCAUUAAGUUUUGCACAAAUGCAUUAAAAAGCAAUAACAUUUUAUUUCAGAAAGUAGUGAACCUCACCACAAAGGGAUAUUUUACAUUUGUAAGCUCUUCGUGCUUCUGGCUUUUUAGGUGCUGAAUGAUUGGUGCCAUAUGGCUGCAGCUAUGAUUGUUAGCAUGUUAAUGCAUAGAGAACCACUACUGUGAACGUAACACAACUUUACCCGACAGGGUUUCAUCAUCAGUAUCCUUAACUCGGGUUUAAUUGUAACAGGGUGUCAUGAUUUUACGUGGCUAUAUUGUCAAUAUGGUAAUGUGUUAAAAUUACAGGGAAAAUGUGAUCUACAUGAAAUUGUCAAGUCUUAUCUUGAGUGAAUUGUUGACAACCUCAUUAAUGGUCUCAACUCAGAUGUAUACCUCAUGUAAGGCACUUUCAAACUGAAUUACAUUUCCCUCCUACUCCAUA